UUUCGAUUCAAACAACGGAUUUCGCUUCAUAGCGUCGGCUGCCAUUGUGAUCGAAUGUGUGCGUUUGUCUGUUUUUUGUUUGUGAAUUCCGGCGUUCUGGCUUCAUAGUACAUAAUCCUUGCGUCGCUCUACGAUGAGUGAAACACGGAAAAGAAGUCACUUGUCGCAAGACUCUGCCCGUGCAUCGCAUGGAAAGCGUCAUCGAGGUGAAGAUGGCAACAUACACAGCAGCCAAGCCGUUCCCUCAAGCCAAGAUCCGGAUGGGCUGAGUUUGUUCCGCAACGGCAAGGUGCUGAAGAUUGUGCUGAAGAACUUCAUGUGCCAUCGGCAUAUGGUGGUGGAGUUUAACAAGCGCGCCAAUUUGCUGGUGGGCAAGAAUGGAAGCGGCAAGAGCGCUAUCUUGGCGGCCAUGACGAUCGGGCUCGGUUGCAACGCGGGUCAAACGAAUCGGUGCAGCAGCUUGAAGGAUUUGAUCAAGCACGGCGAAACGCAGGCCGUGAUCGAGAUACAUCUGGAAAACACUGCCUUCAAUGCGUACGACCAGGAGCGCUACGGCGGGCGCAUCAUAUGCGAGCGCACACUGAACGCGUCCGGGGGCGGAUCGUACAAGCUGAAGAACGAGCAUGGCCAGACCGUGUCGACGAGCCGGGCGGAGCUGCAGAAGAUACUGCUCGCGUUCAACAUCCAGGUGGACAAUCCGAUCUGCGUGCUGAACCAAGAUUUGGCCCGCUCGCUGCUGAAAGAUUCGGACGAAAGCAAACAGUACACAUUCUUCUCGAAGGCGACCCAGAUCGACACCAUCAAGCAGAAGCUGAACGAGUGUGCCGUGAUCGCCAAGAAGGCGCGCGACGUGCUGGUGGUGAAGGAGAAAAGCCUCGAGUACCUGUCGAACGAGAUCGUGGUGCUGGAGGAAAAGCAAUCCAACCUCGAAUCGGCGGGACGGAUGGGCGAACUGCUGAGCGAGCUGCAGGCAAAGCUGGCCUGGCGCAACGUGAUCGACCAGGAGCAACAGCUGGCGGCAGUGGACGACGAGCUGAAAAAGCUCCGGACGUCGAUCGAAGAGCAGGAGCAUCGGAUACGCAACCGGGAGGCGUUGGUCGCGAAAACGGACAGUGCAAUUGACACGUACCGGGCCGAUAUCGAAAGCAAAAAGCAGGAAUACGUUGCGCUGAAGGAGGCGUACGGGACGGUCCGGCGAACGUUACAGGACGUACAGGCGAAACAGGCCGCCAUCGAACGUGGUAUGCGCAACGCGUCCGAACGUGUGUCCCGGAUCCAGAAGGAUGCUCGGCAGAUCGAGCAGGAUCUGCAGGAACGAAACAAGGACGGGCUGAGCCAGGUCGAGCAGAGGAAGCAAGCGGUGGAGACAGAAAAGGCGCAGCUGAAGGAACGCAACGACGAGCUGGCGUCGAUGAUUGCCAACGCGCAGCGUGAGGUGGACCUGAUGUACAACACGAUGGCACACGUGAAGGACGCCCGGGAGGAGAAGCACCACGAGCGGUGCGCCAAGCAGAGUGAGACGACGCGCAUCGAGAAGCAGCUGGAGCAGUUCGAGUCGGCCCCCCGCAGCAAGCUGGCCGUGUACGGUACGAACAUGCCGGCCCUGGUCGCCCGCAUCCGCCAGCUGCACCAGCAGGGCAAGUUUUCCGAGAUGCCGCGCGGUCCGCUCGGGCAGUACAUCGAGGUGCGGAACAAAAAGUGGAGUGGCAUCGUCGAGACCGCCCUCGGCGGCUGCCUGUCCGCGUUCUUCGUCUCGACGCAGGAAGACUGGCGCACGCUGGACGCGUUGCUCAAGCGCGAGUUUCCCGAUCUGCAGAAUCGCACCAUCUUUACGGGCCGGUUCGUGAAGGAGCUGUACGAUGUGGGCAGUGGCUGCGUGCAGGAGCAGGACGGCACCCAUCUGCUGAUGAAUCUGAUCAAGGUGAAUGAUCCGGUCGUGAUGAAUCGGCUGAUCGAUAGUGCCGCCAUUGACACGAUCCUCGUCACCGAGCACCAGAGCGUCGCGAUACAGCUGACGAGCGAGAUCGAGAACGUGCCGCAGAACCUGAGCAAGGUGAUCGUGGCCGAACCGUGCGCGGAGUUCUUCCCGCAGCCCAAGUACCGCUCGUACGGGCUGCAGCAGAAGCCGCCCCGCUACCUGCAGGUCAGCAUGGACGAGCUGAAGCGCCACACGCAGCAGCGCCGAGAGCAGCUGCAGCGCGAGCUGAGCGAGCUGAACAGUGCGUACGCCAAGGAGGACGAACGGCUGCAGGAGAUGACGCGCAAACUGCAUCAGCGCCAGCAGCACAUGAAGAAGCUGCAGCAGGAGCUGCUGACGAACGAGCAGCAGCUGCAGCAGCUGGCCGGCCUCGUGUUCGAGGGCGAAACGGAAGAAACGACGCUGCGCGAGGAGCUGGAGCAUUCGCGCACGAUCAUUGCCAAGCUGCAGAAAGGCAUCGAGGAGGAGCAGGCCAAGCUGGACCAAGUGCGCCGAACGGUGCAGCAGGAGGAGCAGGCCGCACAGACCAAGAAGGAUGCGAUGGGUGCGGUGGAGGCGGAGAUAGCCCGCAUACAGGCCAGCAUCGAUAAGGAGCAGCAGACGCGCCACGAUCUGCAAACGAACCACAAGGUGAAGCAGCAAGCACUGCAGCGAUCGACGGAGAGUAUGGAGGAGCGCAAGCGGACACGCGUUGCGCUGAGUGCGGCACUGGAGCAGGCUCGGCAGGAAGCUAGCGAGAAGGGUGAGCGACCCGACGAGAGCGAACAGAUUCCAUCCGUGGAGCAGCUGAAGGGGAAAAUUCAUACGACCGAAAAGCGCAUCAGACUGGUUAGUGCAACGCAGGACAAGCUGGAGGAUGUGGUGGAGGAGCUGGAAGGUAAGAAUCGCGAACGGGACGAGCUGGUCCGCUACUCGACGGCACUGCGCGACCUAACCCAGAUGAUGAGAGACAUCCGCAAAUCACGCUUCAGCCACCUGCACAAGCUGACCACACACAUGGCGCUGCGAGUGAAGCAUAAAUUCACGAACAUCAUGCAAAUCCGGAACUAUCUCGGCAAGCUGCGAGUGAACCAGGAGGAAUGCAGGCUAUCUCUUUCGGUGGUGCCGCGCGAUGCUAACGUGCAGAAUGCCGUUUCGACCACCAAAUCCCUGUCCGGCGGUGAGCGUUCGUACGCCACCGUGGCCUUCCUGAUUGCGCUCUGGUCCUGCGUGAGCACGCCGUUCUUCUUCUUGGACGAGUACGACGUGUUUACUGACCAGGUGAACCGCCACACCAUCACGCGGCUACUGCUGAACGAAGCGAUGAAGAAGCCGGACCGUCAGUUCUGCUUUCUAACACCGCAGGACAUGAGCGAAGUGCAGGCCACGGCUGAGUUAACAAUCCAUCGCAUGGAAGAUCCGGAACGAUGUUAAAUAUGGUUCUAGCGGGACGAGAAUCGAUCGAACAGUUAUCGAACAUUCCUCCGCAUGAAGGUCGAAGUUUGGAAAGGAAUAAUAACAAUAGCUUUAAACCCGUUGUUAAAAGUUUUGCAGAAAGUGACCGAUGAAGCAAAUAUGCGAACGAAAAUCAUCAUCCAUAAACGUGCACAAAACGCACAAUAUCGAUCGCAAAGUGAGUUCAAAUGUGCCUGCAGCAGUCAUGCUUAGUUGCAUCUUUGAAGAAUUGAGUUACCUAGUGAACGGGUUAGUACAACGCAGUAGGCGGCUUGUUACUUGCGAUUCGAUGAUCUGAAUGUUAGCUGGCGUCAAUCGCAGCAGGCCACGGCAAAGGACAGCUAGAACAUGUCCUUGCUAGCUGAAGGAACGGGAGUAACGUUUUUAGCUUGGAAUAAAAUAUUCAAAGUUUAAGUUAUGUAUGAAACCAGUGCCCAUCCGGAAGAGAUUCGAAGAUGUCAGUUUAUAAAACAAUAAACCGUUAGUACGUACGAAGCUGUUUUCUAAACAAUCAAACCAAGCAGGAGUUUUCUAGAUAAUGAAAGGCUUCGCAUCCGAAGAGCAAUCGAGUUGCUGGAGGCGUGCUGAGAAAGAGGGCUGGAAGUAGCAGAGCAGACGCCCAUCCACUAAGCGUUCGAUAAAGUUUCAGUUUGCACACGAUUUGGGACGAAAAGCGACGAGCGAGCGCGACGUGGUGAAAAUUUUGAUCGAGAAAAAUACCCAAAGCUCUGAUUGUAUCGUUACGAAGCUACGAACAGAUCCCAAUGUUACAAUUUGCUGGUCCACCGCCCUACCUACCCAGCACAAAAAAAAAGGAAACCCUCCACAGCACAACUCUUUUGCAAGUGCUCCGUUGGGGGACCCACACUGCUCUCGAUAAAACAGUGUUGCCAAAGCCCCUUGUGUCCCUCCUGUGGUCGCUCCGUUGGAACCCCGCAGCUAUUGAAAAGGAAAUCGGCACUCUCCCCCCAAAAAAAAAAAGACAACCCAGCCGCAAACGCGAUUACAGCGAUUUCCCGAGCGCACAAACGCUUAUGCAAAUUAAUGGGUUUGCACAAAGUUUUCGCGCAUCGCAGUUCGCCGAUGAUGAUAGAGUGGAUGUUCACGCUCUCCCAAUUGAUGGUCGCCCUUAUUGGUGGGCUGGUUCGUUUCCGUUUUGUUUGCAACAGGUGUGUUGUUAAAGUUCAGCGCGGUAAUCGUUUUUCGAGGUGGUAUAUUGCAUUACUUUGGAGGCGAUUGCCCUAUUCCCCGGUGUGGUUGGAAAACGAGCCUUGUGCGGUGUUGUGUUUUCUCUCUCUCUCACAAAGUCGCACAAUGCCUGCACAAUUAUCUAUGAAGGGUGAGCUUUCGAUUGAAACAAUCGACCCACAACACGACGAUGUGCAACACGUUGGAACCUCUUCACCACUGCUUCGGGUAAUCGGGAAAGGAUAGGCCGCCUCCUCCCGAUUCGUGUUUGGCGAUUGCCCUCCUUAUCAUCACGUGCCAUGGAUAGGAUUAGUUCGCAGCACAACUUACCCGAGUGCGUUGUCGUGUGCAGCCCAUGGGUCAUAUAUUUCGAGCUCGGCCGUUGCUUGUUGCUGUUGUCGAAGAAGUUCAGCACGUCCAGCACGGCUUGCGGGUUUUUCUUCUGCUCCUGCUUGCUAAUGUUCGAGUUCUUCAGCAUCAGCGCCCAUUGCUCUGGCAUACCCUGUGUGUUGGAUGGAAUGUGGAAGGAACAGAAAAAAAAACACAUCAAUUAGCGAUUGGUACAUAGAAACGCGGAGUGUGGUGCUGUAGAGGGUGAAGAGGGAGAGAGAAAGAGAGACAUGUAGGCUUGUGAUUUAUGAAGUUCGAUUGGCCUAAAAAUAAAACGUCUAGCGAUACGAAGAGCUCGAGCGAUAGAGUAGCGCACAGUGGACGAAAGUGAAGAGCAUCGCCAAACGAGUAGAGGAGGCGGCGGAAUGAUGUUCGAGCUAAAACAAUAGAUUUGCAGCGAGCAGCAGAGCUUGGCGGCGGGGCUGCGAGCAAUGUGAAAAAAAAACAAACUAUUGAGCCAACGUGAACACUAAAACAAGCAACGUGGAGAAAAUGUCUCUAUUUCUAUUUUAUACAACGAGCGGUUCUCGAAGCAAGUAAAGUCGUAACACAUUCAUGCAA